GUGGCUCACUCUCCUGUGGCAGCCCGCGAGGAGGGCAGCGCUCCUGCCGCCACAAGCCCCCUGUCCAUACACCCACCUGUCUGCUUGGGCGCCCACCGUUCGUCUGUAAACCUGUCUGUCCAUCUGAAAUCCCGCCUCUGUCCAGUUGUCUAUCUGGCCAUCUUUCUCUUGCUAUCCUCCCUCUAGCUGUCCAUCCUGUCUGUCAAUCCAUUUGUCUGUCUCUGGCUGCAUCUAUCUGUCCAAUCCUGUGAGUCCAUCUGCAAAUUGUCUUGUCCUUUCAACCACACAGCUAUCUGUGCAUCUGUCUGCCCACUGACCUGUCUGCCCACCUGCCUCCCCUCUCUCCCCUCCCCCGGGGCUGCAGAGCCAUGGCCCAGGGCCGUGGGGCCACUUUCGUCAUGGUGCUACUGGGGUUGGGGUUGGCCCUGGCAAUCGUCGUUCUCUCUGUGGUCCUCUCUCGCCACCACCCACCCUGCGGCCCCCAGGCCUUUGCUCAUGCUGCAGUUGCUGCUGACUCCAAGGUCUGCUCGGACAUUGGACGAGCCAUCCUUCAGCAGCAGGGCUCGCCCGUGGAUGCCACCAUCUCAGCUCUCAUCUGCACCAGUGUUGUGAACCCUCAGAGCAUGGGCCUGGGCGGAGGGGUCAUCUUCACCAUCUACAAUGCAACCACAGGGCAGGUGGAGGUCAUCAAUGCCAGGGAGACGGUGCCCGCCAGUUAUGUCGGGGGUCUGCUGGACCAGUGUGAGCAGGCACAACCACUGGGCACAGGGGCCCAGUGGAUAGGGGUGCCUGGGGAGCUCCGUGGCUAUGCCGAGGCCCACCGUCGCCACGGCCGCCUGCCCUGGGCACAGCUGUUCCAGCCCACCAUCGAGCUGCUCCGUCGGGGCUUCCACAUGCCCCCCGUCCUCAGUCAGUUCCUGAACCACAGCUUCCUUCGCCCUUCCCUGCAUGCCUCCUCCCUGAGGCAGCUCUUCUUCAAUGGGACAGAACCCCUGAGGCCUCAGGACCCAUUCCCCUGGCCUGCGAUGGCUGCCACCCUGGAGACCUUGGCCAGGGAAGGCGCAGAGGUCUUCUACACAGGGAGGCUGGGCCAGACACUGCUGGAGGACAUUGCCAAGGAAGGCAGCCAGCUGACCAUGCAGGACCUGGCAUCAUUCCAGCCCGAAGUGGUGGAUGCCCUGGCGAUGCCCCUGGGGAACUACAUCCUGUACUCGCCCCCGCCCCCUGCAGGGGGGGCAAUUCUCAGCUUCAUCCUCAACGUGCUCAAAGGGUUCAACUUUACUGCGGAGUCGGUGGCCAGGCCUGAGGGGAAUGUGAACAUGUACCAUCACCUUGUGGAAACAUUCAAGUUUGCUGGAGGGCUGAGGUGGUGGCUGUGGGACCCUCGAAGCCACCCGGAGGUCCAGAACGCCUCCCAGGACCUGCUGGGAGAGGCUCUGGCCCAGCACAUCCGCCAGCAGAUCGACGCCCGGGGUGACCACCAGCUCAGCCACUAUAACCUGGCCGGGGCCCGGGGCCACAGGAUGGGCACAGCCCACGUGUCUGUGCUGGGGGAGGAUGGCAGUGCCGUGGCUGCCACCAGCACCAUCAACACUCCCUUUGGAGCCAUGGUGUACUCACCGCGCACAGGCAUCCUCCUCAACAAUGAACUCCUGGACCUGUGCUGGAGGCGCCAGCCUGGCUCCCGUGUAACCCCUCCACCUGUUCCAGGAGAGCGGCCCCCAUCAUCCAUGGUCCCCUCCAUCUUGAUCAACAGAGCCCAGGGGUCAAAGCUGGUGAUUGGUGGGGCUGGUGGGGAGCUCAUCGUCUCUGCUGUGGUCCAGGUCAUCAUGAACAAACUGUGGCUUGGCUUUGACCUGGGAGCAGCCAUUGCAGCCCCCAUCUUACACGUGAACGACAAGGGUCAGGUGGAAUAUGAGCCCAGUUUCCCCCAGGAGGUGCAGAAGGGCCUUGCGCACCGGGGCCAGAACCAGACGAGCAGGCCCUUUUUCCUGAACGUGGUGCAGGCUGUGUUCCAGGACGGAGCCUGUGUGUAUGCCGCAGCCGACCAGAGGAAGCAUGGGGAGGCCGCAGGCUACUGAGGAGGCUGCUCCUGCGAGCUGGGAGCAGACCCAACGUCAGUGUGUGGCCCAGGCUGGCCAUGGCUGUGACUGUGUUCCAGCAGGAUCUGGACCCCUUGGCUGGGGAGUCAGCCCGGGGUUGCAAGAAGCGGGGACAGCAUGGCAGAUGGGGGCUGUGCCCACCCUCUGAGCUUCUGAUGGCUCUGGCCCUUCUAGCCUUCUCCAGGCCUCUCACCCAGGACUGUGGCCCAUCCUCUCCCUCUGACCCCACUCCCCAUCAGUAUAUCCUCUGGUUUAAGAUUAAAGAGGAGGCUGACCACA